AUGGCGCGUGCUAGGAUGUUGCGAGCUUCGAGACAAGCCGCAUUCCUGGUUCUCGGAGGAGCUGCGGGCACUCAAGUCCCUCGUCUAGGAUUCCGGACAGUCUACGCGGAAGCUCCCUCCAAAGACGACCUUCCAGACAAAAAACCCAUCUACUCUUCUCCUACCGUACCGAAAACAUCGCCUCCGUCACCAGCCUCUUCACCAAAUCCGAGUUCUCCCACCCCAACGGACCGGUUGGCCGUCCACGUCAAAAAGGUCCGUCUCUUCCUUUACGAUCAGUCUCUGGCAGCUGAGAAUGGGGUGAACCAUUUCUUAAGCUGGGCGUUCCAAAAGGAAAGCAAUUUCAGCAACACCAUAGCGUCACUAGCCCCUGCCCCGGAGACCGGUGAACAAUUACUUCCAGGAGCAGUCUAUGUUUUAGUGGCGACCAUGGCUGGGUCCAUAGUUUCCCGGAAUCGGGGGAUCUUUCUGAGAGCUACAUUUCCGUUAGCGAUGGGCGUUACCGCGGGCUGGAUGUUGAUUCCGGUCACCAUGCGAAAUAUCUCGGACUUGAUCUGGGAAUACGAGAAGGAAGUCCCAGCAAUAGCCGAUACGCAUUCUCAGAUCGGCCACUUUGUGCAAGAGACCUGGAAUCAGACCAAAAUACAUGCGAAAGUAGCCACGAACUGGGCUGAUGAGACUGCGAGUGAAGUUCGGAAAAAGGUGGAAGACUUGGUUUCAAAAGGAAAAUAG